AUGGCAUGCAAAGUAGCGCCGCCGUUCCGAGAUUGUGGCCUGGACGAGAGCUUCUCCACAGGAAACCAAAUAGACCAUGGCCUCGAGGAGCUGAUGCAGUUCAACAACAGCAGUUUCGUCGACGGCAGCUCCAUCAACCCACAGGUCUUGAGUAAUCCACCAUCACCAGCAGCUAGCUCGCAUGAUCAGAGACCCAUGGAUAUCCCAACGUCGCCGUACUUCCAAUCCAUCGAGCAGUCCGACACUGGUGCAUUUACGCAAGCUUCCAGUCUGCGCCACGAAUUCCGUCGCUCUGUCUCCGAGCCACCGGGUGGACGCCCAGUACCUGGACACCCACAUGGCCAAGGCCAGCCUCAGAUGGUCUUCCACCGCGACCAGCAUUGGCUAGGUCACCAGACACACAAUCCGCAUCGACUGAAGAGCUUGCCGAAAGGAAAGCAAAACUAUCGAGCUCAGCCAUAUGGUGUCCAUCCCAAAGCUCGUGGUGCACCAGUGCAUCAACAGCAUCAAUACCAACUGCGAAGGACGCAGACGCAGCCUUUCCCAACUCACCUAGUGGCACCGACCAGUAUGCCGAUGCCCAUGAUGACACCGCCACAGCAAGCCAUGCAUGUUAGCCAUCCCUACCCAGCUACGCUGAACCACGGCUUCGCAUCGCAUGGCCACGGUCCACAACCAGGCAUCUCCUCUCCAAUGCCGUCAGUGCCAGAGCAGCCAUCAAUCCACUUGACCUCACGCGUCUGCACGCCUACACCAGAAGCAGUCCUCACUCCAGCAUAUCAAGCACUCAUUGAUCCAGCUCUGACAGCGCCCACGACGCCGCUACCAACACCAGCUGCCAGUGUUGAUACUAUAUCAAAAGUUACGACACUGCAGAUGACGCCCGAUGAGCUGAAGGCCAUCAUCACCGAGGCUGUGCAAAAGGCGUUCGCGACACUUGGUGGUGGCGAAUGCAUUCAGCCGACUCCAGAGGACCAUGGGACAGCUGGAGCCAAGAGCGCAUCGCAGGCCGUGCGACAGUCGGUCGAGACAGCAGAGACAGAGUCCAGCACUGGAGACGAGCAGCCAGCAACUUCCGAGACUGGCGAGGGACCAACAGGUGGCGAUCUCACUGAAGAUAACACCGUACAUGUCUCAACCGGGUGCGCUCUCGACGAUUUUGCUUGGGCCCAGCCGACAGGCGAGGACGUUGACGACCUCUUCGGCGAACCACUUCAUUCAUUGCAGCAGUGA